AUGAAUACACCGGCACAAAUAAACAAUACUCGCAAGAUGAACCAACCGGCUGACAUAAAAUACCAAUUUACGAAAACCAAAAUUUGCAAACACUUCCUAGAAAACAGAUGUGUAAAUAAAGACAACUGCAACUAUGCUCAUGUGCUGGAAGAAUUAAGACCUCUACCAAACUUAGAAAAUACAAAAUUGUGCAAAAGCAUUAAGAAAAAAAUCCCCUGCUGUAACCCUAACUGUAAAUAUGCCCAUAGAAUUGAAAAGUUGCAACCAAGUACUGAUCUAGCUACCUACAAAACUACUCUGUGUUAUUUCUGGAAGAAGAAAAAAUGUAUGAAUCAGGAUAAGUGCAGAUUUGCUCAUGGUAUUGAAGAAAUUAGACCUUUAAGAUUAUCAAAGGAAGGGGAAAACGAAAGGCAAUCUCUUCCCCUCUCCGAUGUUGAUUCUAGUUUAGGCACACAACACUACCAGCAGAAGGGAAAACCGACCGUCAAAGGGACAAAUGAGACGGGCAUAUUGCCUGGCACAAAAUGGGGCAAGAAGUGGGAUCGAAAUGGGGGUAACAUGUGGCGAAGAGAUGCAAGCAGGAGUGGGGCCAAGCGUCCAGGAAAAAUGUGGUACGAACAUGGCGCCCAAGUGUGGGAAGCCCGUAGAGAAAAAUUGAGAGAAGAUCAUGGAAUCAAUCUAUUGCAAGAUUGUAGUCAGGGUAAAUGGAGCAAAGAACGAGAUAGCAAUCGCACCAUCGAGCGAACAGAGGCUCCAUAUGACGAACGAACGAAGCAUACACACAACUUCCUAUUAGAAGAAGAAAGGGUUCCAGAUGUCCUGUCCAGCACACACCUAUUCGAGAACAGCACAGUGAUGGAAAAUGGUUUAUUCCAGCUGAAUGAUAACUUUUUAAAUAUAUGUAACAGAGUGAAUUUCGAUGUGGAUGCUCUUUACGCCUCCCCAGGAAACACAUAUUCUAGCGAAUACGAGAAGAAGGAGUCGGAAGAAAAUAACAGUUGGGAAGACUCCAUUGUAGAUAUGAAUUUUCUGCAUUUGGAUUACCUUAACGAUGAGGAAGAAGUUUCAAAAUAUGAAUUAUUUCGUGGCAGUGCCCUCGACAUUAAUCUGCCGAACUUCCAAACAAACCCAACUAAGAGAAUAAAUCAGGACGUACAUAUGAGUAGAAGUUAUGAUGAAAAUAUGUGGAGUAAAGAACAUGGGGUGGUUAAUAGAAACUGUGGUGUAGGAGGAGCUGUGAAUCCCGAAAUAAGCCAAAGUAUUAAUCACAAUCUGUUCUUAGAUACGCGUCCAAAUGCAUGCGAAAAAAAUGUGCGUAGCAGAGGUGCCAGUGGGAAUAACCAACAGAUGAACAUUGGUAGAAAUCAGGGCACAAUUCCCAACCAACCUAAUAUCUUCAUUUGGGAAUCGAUCGAAGACUUGUUUUCAUUUGGUGCUACUUCCUCAGAGCAACUGCUCAGCGACUCUGAAUUAUUUGCCAAAUGGUGUAAAAGUAUAAAAGAUAGAAAUGUGAAACAUUUUAAUAACUUAUGUUUAUUCUAG